CAUGGCUGCCUACCAGAGUGCCGAGUGGAGGGUGGUGUGCGAGAAAUUUCGCCAUGCCCAAAAUCUCUCAGAAGUAGAGUCAAGAAAAGACCCUGAGAAUAACCCUUUCCGAUCGAAAUACAAAGCUAGAGAACUACUGAAGGAAAUCCACUGUUCUUUAAAAAAAAUCAAGACCGAGGAAGGAGGAGGGGAGGUUGACAAUGAAGCUGACAGUGAGUCCGAUCAGAUGGUGCAUAGAGAACCGGAGAAUGAUGCUGAGAAAGCGUGCGCCGAAGAGUCUCCAGCCGGGCUGCGAGCGGCGAGGCUCGCGGUGCUCCAGUACUAUCUCGGCGUAAACCACAUCGAGACAGAGGAGCUCUCCGCCGGCGAGCAGCACCUCAUGAACUGCAUGAAACUGAUCGACAAGUGCACAAUAACACGGGAGAACGUCUCAUUGUUUAUACAGGCCCGGAACCAGCUUGGGAUUUUGUGGGCUGGAAGAGAUGAGACCGAGAAAGCGCAAGGAUUUUUGGAGAGCGCCGAAUCAAUGUAUUUGCGCUACAUGAAAGAGGAUGGUCAACCACCAAUGGAUCUUCAAGAUUUUUUUGUGGCAGAGGGAGAUGAAUUAUCCCAACAAGAGAAGAUAAGAAGGUUUGAAAUGGCAUAUACUCACACACUUUAUUACCUUGCUCAAGUGUACAAGAAUCUGGAGGAGUAUGAGAGAGCUGGACAGUACUGUCACAGCACGCUACAGAGACAGCUGGAGUACAAGCAGUUUGUGCCGCUCGAGUGGGCCAUUAAUGCAGCCACACUGUCUCAGUAUUACAUCACCAAGACACGAUACAUGGAGGCUCGUCACUGUUUGGCUGCGGCUAGUGUCAUUUCUACACUUGCUGGAGAAAUCCCCUCAGAAGCAGCUGCCAAAGAAAGUGAGGCUGAAUGUGAAAAGCGUGAAGAACUUCUUCAGAAGCGAUCUGAAAUUGCCAGAUGCUGGAUCAAAUAUUGCCUUAAUCUACUGCAAGAUGCUAAAAAGCUUCUGGAGGAUAAUAUCGGAGAACUAGACUUGGAUCGGCAGGAGGAACUUAAGAGAGCACAUCGGAAUGAAGAGGAAGAAAAAGAGAAGGGAAGAAAGAGCGCCAUCCUUUUUGGUUCAAGUGAUACAUUCGACUCCAUUUGCAGCCUAGAGGAGAAAGUAAGCAGUGUCCUUCCAUUGGACUUUGAAGAAGCCCGUGCCAUCUUCCUGGUGGGUCAAGGCUACAUAGCCCAAGCCAAGGAGUAUUUUGCGAUGGAUGGUCACGUGACUGAUCAUAUCGAAAUCUUGCAGGACCAUAGCGCACUCUUCAAGGUCCUAGCCUUCUUUGAACAGGACCUGGAGCGGCGCUGUAAGAUGCACAAGCGUCGUGUUGACAUGCUGGAGCCAAUCUGCAAGGAUUUGAAUGCUCAGUACUAUCUGUUAAUUUGCCGGCAACUGCAGUUUGAACUUGCAGAAACGUAUUAUGAGAUGAUGGACUUGAAGUUGGCUGUGGCCGACAAGCAAGAUCAGCCAGAUGUGCAUACCAUUAAAAAGUUUAACCACUUGUGUUCCUCCUCUAUAAAGUAUUAUCAGAUGUUUCUUGACUCCAUCCGCUCCCCAGAGGGCAAAUUUCCAGAGAAGCUUGAGGAUGACGUGCUGAGGCCAGCUUUAGUGGCCAAAUUCCGUGUGGCCAGAUUACAAUCCAAGUUUAUCUCCAGUAACCUGGCUACUCAGUUGGAGAAUCUCACCCUCUCAUUAGAGUCUUACAACUUUGUUGUGCAAUACUGUGAGGAACACCCAGAAGCCAAGAAGGCAGUUGAGACAGAGUUAGAGCUGAGUGAGGAGAUGGUCUCACUGCUACCUCUAAAGAUCAAUAGAAUCAGAUCCACGAUGUCCACCUCCAACUAAAUGAUAAGCUGUAGAUUCUGAUGUGUAUUGAGUGUAAUGCCCUCACAUAAAUAUGAACCACUGACACAUACACUACCCUUUGUUUUGUGCCUGUCAUUAUCCCAUGAUUAGAUGUAUCUAAUGAGCAUUCACAGGACAACAUUGGAAGAAAUUCCUUCAUGCUUUGCCUUUGUAACCCUGGGAACAUUUAUGAGAAGUCUUUAUGAACUGAUGUAUUUGCAUGAUUUACAGCCACUAAUUUAUUUUUAAUGUGCAAUGUAAAAUUAUAAUUAAGAACAAUGUUCUAAUAAAAACAACGUAUGUUUACUUAGCCUAAAAUAAAUAAA